AUGUCCAGAGAAGCACCCUUAAAGGCAGAGAAAGACUUCACCGAGACUCUGGAUGAGCAGUUCCCUCAAAUUGAGGUUCUGGCCAAGAGCGAUUACAAAACUGCGCUGGAUAAAUUACUACUCCUUGAAAAGCAGACCAGACAGGCUUCUGAUCUUGCUUCUUCCAAAAGGAUUGUGGCGUAUCUAGUAGAUUUGCUUGCUAAUGAGAGGGACUGGUCUCUGUUGAACGAGCAGAUUACGUUGUUGUCCAAAAAACAUGGUCAGCUCAAAAAUACCGUUCAGGUCAUGAUCCAACAGGUUAUAGAACAUCUGGCUGAGAUUGAUGAUAUAGAGGUCAAAGUAGAGACUAUUGAGAACAUUCGCAGUAUCACGGAGAACAAAAUCUACGUUGAGCUAGAAAGGGCAAGGGUUACUAAGAUUCUUUCAGACAUCUUGCUCAACACCAAGAAUGACUUGGACAAGGCUACGAAGGUCCUCUGUGAGCUUCAGGUUGAGACUUAUGGAUCGAUGGAAAUAAAGGAGAAGAUUGAAUUCAUCUUGAACCAGGUGGAAUUGUGUAACAGAAAGGGAGAUUAUUCAUUUGCAAAGAUCCUGAGCAGAAAGAUUCUAGUGAAGUCACUAGACAAGUUCCCAGAACUCAAACUACACUACUACAACUUGGUGAUUGAGAUUGCUCUGGAAGAGAACGAUUACAUUAACAUUGUGAAAUACUUGCUUUCCAUCUACAGCAUACCUCUGAUUUCUGAUAAUAAGGAGGAGAGCUUAAAGGUGUUAGCGAGAACUGUCCAUUUCGUGAUUCUCGCGCCAUACAGCAAUCUUCAGAACGAUCUAAUCAGCAGAGUUGUGCUGGACAAAGACCUGAUCAAGUUGCCUAUGGAGUCUGAGCUGGUGAAAUCUUUCACCACGCAGGAGCUGAUGAGAUGGAACGCAUUCCGUGACUCGUACUCUGCUGAACUGUUCAAGAACGCUUCUUUCGACCAGUCCACUGAAAAAGGUAAGCUUCACUGGGAAGACCUGCAGAAACGCAUCAUUGAACACAAUUUGCGGGUGAUUGCAAAAUAUUACUCGAACAUCACCCUAGAAAGGCUCACCGAGCUGCUCCAACUGCCCCAAGCUGAGGUUGAGGCUAACAUCACGACCAUGGUGAAUGAGGGAGUCAUAUAUGCCAGAAUCAACAGACCUUUGAAGAUUGUUAGCUUUAUCAAGAACAAGUCCGAGAACGAGCUGUUGAAUGAUUGGAGUGCCAGUGUUGAUGAGCUGUUGGAGCACAUCGAGACUAUCGAGCAUCUCAUCAACAAAGAGGAGAUGAUGAGUGGUAUCAAGGCCGCUUAG